UCCCGCAGAUGGCACAACAACACACAGCAUCCACGAUGAAGUUCUUCGCAAUCUGCGCAUUCCUGAUCCUUGCCCUGGUGUCGGUCCACGGCCAUGGAGGACGAUUCGGACAUGGAGGAUAUGGUGGAUAUGGAGGCGGCGGAUAUGGAGGACAUGGUGGCUACGGCGGACCCGGUGGUUAUGGAGGACCCGGUGGUUACGGAGGACCUGGUGGCUACGGAGGACCUGGUGGUUACGGAGGACGCGGCGGCUAUGGAGGAAGUACCGCUAAUGCUAAUGCUGUGGCCACCGCCAAUGGAGGAUAUUGAGCCGUUAGAUAGUUUGAUAACUGCAUUCCCAACUUACUAAGUGUCUUUCAAUAAAAACUAAUAUUAUUGCAAAACUA